AUUAUUAUUAUUAUUAUCCACUUUCUUCAACUCAUUAACUAAAUCAUUAGAGUAUUCCGUACUUCUCUCUUUUUUCUCCACUUGAUCAAAUAGAUACGCCCUUCUCACAGGUUUUAAAGGAGAUGAGAGGCCUAUUGCUUACUUCAUACGUGGCCAUUUUGGUUGCUUCAAUCCUUCAAUGUGCUGUGUCCCAUGGGGUUCAACCCCUGUCAAAGAUUGCUAUUCACAAAGCAGAAGUUGCUCUCCAUGACAAAUCUUUUGUUCAAGUUUCUCCUUCGUUGCUUGGAUUAGGGGGAACAAAUAGAGAAUGGGUUACUGUAGAAUUCAGCUACCCCAAUCCUACAGUAGAUGAUUGGAUAGGAGUCUUUUCUCCUGCCGAUUUCAGCUCGUCUACAUGCUUGGCAGAUAAUCCUAGAGUUUACCCUCCUCUUCUGUGCACUGCUCCAAUAAAGUAUCAAUUUGCAAAUUUCUCGAAUCCUAAGUAUGUGCAAACAGGACGUGGAUCUCUGAAGCUGCACUUGAUCAAUCAGAGAGCAGAUUUUUCAUUUGCACUAUUUACUGGUGGACUGCUCAGUCCAAAGCUGGUUGCCGUCUCAAAUGUAGUUGCUUUUGCAAACCCUAAAGCACCUGUAUACCCACGCCUGGCUCAAGGAAAAUCUUGGGACGAGAUGACAGUUACUUGGACUAGUGGAUACGGAAUUGAUGAAGCGAUUCCUGUUGUUGAAUGGGGUUUGCAAGGAGAGAAAAAAACUAUAUCCCCAGCUGGCACAUUAACCUUUGAUCGCAGAAGCAUGUGUGGUGCACCAGCCAGUACUGUAGGAUGGCGUGAUCCUGGCUAUAUACACACUGGUUUCAUGAAGGAGCUGUGGCCCAACUUAGUGUACACAUAUAGGGUUGGACAUAGAUUGCAUGAUGGAACGUAUGUAUGGAAUGUUCGUUAUCACUUUAGAGCAUCUCCUUAUCCAGGUCAAGAUUCUGUUCAGAAAGUUGUCAUCUUUGGAGAUAUGGGAAAGGAUGAACUGGAUGCCUCCAAUGAAUACAACAAUUACCAGCGCGGUUCUCUAAAUACUACUGCACAACUCAUCAGUGAUCUGAAGAACAUUGACAUUGUCUUCCACAUAGGAGAUAUAUGCUAUGCUAAUGGUUAUCUGUCUCAGUGGGAUCAAUUUACUGCUCAAGUUGAGCCCAUUGCCUCAGCUGUUCCAUAUAUGAUUGCUAGUGGAAAUCAUGAGAGAGACUGGCCAGGGACAGGUUCCUUCUACCAGAAUACAGAUUCAGGGGGAGAAUGUGGUGUGUUAGCUCAGAAUAUGUUCUAUACUCCUGCUGAAAACAGGGAAAAGUUCUGGUAUUCCACCGAUUAUGGCAUGUUCAGAUUUUGUAUUGCUGAUACAGAACAUGAUUGGCGAGAGGGAACAGAACAAUAUAAGUUCAUUGAACACUGUCUAGCAUCUGCAGAUAGACAAAAGCAACCAUGGCUUAUUUUUCUUGCACAUCGUGUGUUGGGUUAUUCUUCAGGCGAUUUUUACGCUGAAGAAGGCUCAUUUGAGGAGCCCAUGGGCAGAGAGAGCCUUCAAAAGUUGUGGCAAAAAUACAAGGUUGAUAUUGCUGUUUAUGGUCAUGUACAUAACUACGAGAGAACAUGCCCUAUCUACCAGAACACUUGUACCAACCAAGAAAAGAACGAUUACAAGGGUACCUUGGGUGGAACAAUACAUGUAGUUGCAGGUGGUGGAGGAGCGAGUCUUGCAGAAUUUUCAACCCUCAAGCCAAAUUGGAGUAUAUUUAGAGACGAAGAUUAUGGAUUUGUUAAAAUGAUGGCAUUCAAUCACUCUAGCUUGUUGUUUGAGUAUAAGCGGAGCAGUGAUGGGAAAGUUUAUGACUCAUUCACAAUAUCAAGGGAUUACCGGGAUAUCUUGGCUUGCUCUGUGGACAGUUGCCCGGCAACAACCAUGGCAUCUUAGUAAACCUUGUAAGGGAUCAUGUUUGUUGAAGCACGGUGCCAAUUUCAAAUUUAGACAAUAGGUCUCCCUUCUCGCUAUCCCUGCUGUAUAGAUGCGUGAUCGAUUAUAUUAUUUCAGUCAAUUAUAGAUCAAUCUAGUGAUAAGCCAGUUUGGCAAAAUCGCAACGACCACUUAUACCAAUCAAGCUUCCUGAGCAAGAACCUUCUGCCUUUCAGCCUUUUAUGUAGAUAAUUAUAUGAUAGGCUGGAAGUAGAUGGGCAAGCUAUUUCAUUCACACUACAUAAUAUGCUUUGCAUUGAAUAUGUCCUCAAUAAUGGCCUAAUUAGCACUUGUAUAUUAUGUUACUUUUUAAUUUUUAUGCACAAGGCAAGUUGGUUGUACAUGUCGU